AUGCGGGCACCGCCUCCAGGACCCAUCGUGGUAGAUGGUCCUCCAAGAAGUCCACGAACGCCAAUCGUGGUCGACAUGCCAGUCCGAGCAAGAAGUAGAGCAAGAAGUGUCGGCCGAAACGGGCCGCUUAUGGACACGCCAGGGCUGAGCGGAGGGAGAGGCAUGUUCAAGAGACUAAUUGUUGCGUGCGAUGGGACCUGGCUGAAUUCAGACGAUGGCGAGAAGAAUGGAGAUCUUGCGAUUCCAAGCAAUGUUACCCGGGUAUCAAGAGCCAUCAAGUCUGUCACCCAAGACGGCAUACCCCAGAUCGUAAAUUACACUUCUGGUGUAGGGACGGCUGGGGGACCGUUGUACAAGCUCAUCUCAGGCACUACUGGGAAAGGCCUUCCGGACAACGUUCGAGAAGCAUACGCGUUCUUGGCAAACAACUACCACCAUGGCGACGAGAUUUUUCUCAUUGGAUUUUCAAGAGGCGCCUUCACCGCACGUAGCAUAGCUGGUCUGAUUGGCGAAGUUGGUCUGCUCACGAAGAAGGGACUCAACGACCUCCCAGAAGUCUACGAAGACUGUCAACACCGAAGAGAUCCCAACUACGUGCCAAAACACCCCGAUAUCCCGUUCCCACGCAAGCCCAGUGCAAGCGAUCCUCGGUAUGCGGAAGAGCUGGAACGUCGUGGCCUGACGAGGCUCGACGUUCCCAUCAAAGCCAUUGCGGUCUGGGAUACGGUGGGCAGUCUUGGUAUUCCGCGAAUUGGUCUUCUGCAGCGCGCCGGCCUGCAAGGCAAACAGUCCCGCGCAACAGCCUUCUAUGACACGAAACUCAGCAACUGCAUUGAGAACGCCUUCCAAGCCCUCGCUCUUGACGAGAACCGAUCGUCAUUUUCACCAGCUGUGUGGGAAAAGCCAGAAGGCAACCGGACAACGCUGCGCCAAGUAUGGUUUCCAGGCGUGCAUGCAAAUAUCGGAGGUGGCUACGAUGAUAUGCAACUUGCGAAUAUUACACUGGCGUGGAUGAUGAGCCAACUGGAGCCGUUCCUGGAAAUGCGUGACGACUACCUUUUUGAGCAAGAUGCCCUGAAUGAGGACUACUACAAGGGUGUAGGACAAGGGAUACGGCCGUGGAGUUUUGGCAAAAUCUACAACGAGUUGAAAGGGGUAAUGGCCGUGGGUGGAAGUACAAUCCGCCAACCGGGCCAAUACCACGCCGUGGACCCCUUCACAGGCCGCAGUACAGAUCGCCCUCUUCGACAAACUAACGAGUACAUCCAUCCUUCUGUUCGCACACGCUACCGUCUUCAAGGCCCCGGGCAGCUGGACCGCGGAGACUACGAAGCACGCGCUCUAACCGACAGCUACAAACUGGUCGUUGACUACGGGCCCAACGGCCAGCGCGCGGCCGAUCCAGAGAUCCACUGGCGGAUCAAAUGGCGAGACACGGACGCCGUCAAGAUCCUCCCGGAAGCACCGCUCUGGCGCCUCGAACGGGAACUUGCACGCAAAGACCCAGACACGUAUGACUACAUCAAGCGACCUCCCCCGACCAAGACGCGCGACAGCAAGCGCCGCAGCCAACGGCCUAUGAGCGCAGACAUGAGUUCGCGGGCGCCGACCACCCCCGGAGCGGCGAGUACGACGAGCAGACGCAGGAGGGACACCAUGACGCCGAGAUCCACAUUCCCAAUGGACGAGAAAGCCGAUGCAAGGAGCACGCGGAGGAGAAGCGUAGUGGAGAAGAACGGGAGGGCGAGAAGCAGGCCCAGGACGAGCGUGUACGACGGGGGCGAGACGGAGAUCAGAGAAGAGAUGCCGCAUCGCAGGGAGAAGGACAAGGCGUGGUGGGAGGGGAGGCGGUAG